UCAGGCACUUGUACACCAAUCCCAAGCUGCUGAAACUUUUGUCCUGCCUGGUGCCACGUGUGUAUGCCCUGGAUUCAGAUCACAAAACUGCAACAGGGCCCUCCACAGUCACCAGACCUCACAUCAAUGCACAAACCAUGUUUCAAAUGUGUGUCAGCCACACAGCAUUCCUCAGUGUCAUGAUGUCACAGGAGAACCUGUUGGCUAAAGGUCAGCUGGGACUCUCAGUUUAUUAGUAGAAAAUACCUUGGCUGGACUUUGAUGAAAGAGAGCCCCCUUUUCUCUCCCCUCCCAGCUUCACUCCCCAUUUCUGGAAUUAGAUAAAUAUUUUUUUGUCAUGAUUCUGAAUUUUCAGAUUUUCUGUCUAUAUAUGUGUGUGCCAUUAAAGAACUGCAAAAAAAUCUGCAAUUAAACAAAUAGUCAUUUCUUUGUAGUGGGUUAUUUCCCAUUGACUUAGACUUUCAUGAUGGGAGCUCAGGCAUCAAUUAUUUUAUUAGUAUUAGUGUAACUAAAUUGAUUAGAUAAUGAAUGCUUAAUGUCAGAUAUUUUUUUUUAGUAUUAACUUUGUGUUUAUUCAUACUUGGUUAGAAAUUCAAUUUAAACAAAACUUUUUCUUUAUAUUUUUUCUAGAUGAGCUGAUUGACUUAUUGUAUGCCCUUGGUGACCUUGACCCUUCUGUUUACAAGUCACAGCUCAGUAAAGUUUUUGUUGGUGCGUAUGGUGCCAAACUUUCUAAAGCAGGUGAGUGAAAUAGUUUUCGUUUGAAAAAAUUAUUCACAUUCUAUUUGAUUUAAAGUAUUAUUAUAAGAGAUGAAAAAAAAUUGUUCUCCAGUAUUCUCCAUUUCAAUUUUGGUAACAUGGUAUUAGAAUUCAAGGUCCACCGCUAAAAUUGAAAACAAAAAUGUUUAUCUUUAUUCAGAUUCACCAUGUUUGUCCCUCAAAUUUAUUUUAAAUCGCCCAAAUUCAUCAGCAUUGCUACUUUUUGGUUAAAUGUCAUUAAAAAUGUUAACAUUGCAUUUUUUUUUUAUAGAUCAAAGACUGCUCAUUAUGAUUGAAAAAUGUAGCCAAGAUUCUGAGAAGAAAUUUGAAUGGUGAGUUGUUGAGGAAAAAUAAUAUAAACAACUAGAGGGAAGAUCUGUGUUUAUUCUAAAAUACACCCUAGACAUGAGCUUUGAAUAACUAAAAUCACCCCUCAUAUAGUUGGAUUGGUUUCUAUCUUCAUAAAAAUAAAUCCUGUCAUUUCUUCCCCCCCCCCCCAUCCUGUCCAGUCCAACUCUGUGGGGGAAGUCAGCCCUGGAACAUGACCCAGUUUCCCAGGUCCUGGGCCCAAGUUGUGUUUAUUCUAAAAUACACCCUAGGCAUGAGCUUUGAAUAACUAAAAUCACCCCCCAUAUAGUUGGAUUUGUUUCUAUCUUCAUAAAAAUAAAUCCUGUCAUUUCUUCCCCCCCCCCCCAUCCUGUCCAGUCCAACUCUGUGGGGGAAGUCAGCCCUGGAACAUGACACAGUUUCCCAGGUGCUGGGCCCAAGUCUGGACAAGGAAGCCUCAGUCAAGUCCGUGCUGGAACAAAUCGACCCAGCGUGCUUGCAGGACUCAGUUCUAAACUUCCCUGUCAGGAGAGCAUUUCUGGUCAGUUAA